AUGGCAUUACGAACUUACGGCCAAAAACCUCAGUCGUUCCCUUUAGAUGACACAGGUGAACAUUUCAUGAUAGGUAGCGAGGUUGGAAAUUAUGUUCGUAUGUUUCGUGGUUCUUUGUAUAAAAGAUACCCGAGUUUAUGGCGUCGAAUGGCGACAUUAGACGAAAGAAAGAAGAUCGUUUCACUGGGAAUAGGACAUACAACUCUUGCAACAAACGUUACAUUAGUAAAAGCUUCGGAAGUUGACGAAAUACUUGAAGGACACGAUGAAAAAUAUAAGACAAUCGCUGAGAUUUCGGAAAAUUUGCGCGAUAAAUCUGUAGGAGGUAAAGCAAAACGUGGUGCUAAUAAUUGGUUACCGCAAAGUCUCUUGCCCAGCACCUCGUUUCAUUUGGAUGCUGUACCAUGUUGCACACCAAUUAGUCGUACCAGAAUUGGACCCAAGAGAAUUAAAUCAUUUCCUACUUGUUAUGAUAAUCAUAACAUGGCAGCCAUACAUGAUGCUGCCAACAAGGAUGAGGAUCUUGUCCCUAUUAGACUUGAUAUAGACAUUGAAGGUCAAAAACUCAGGGAUUGCUUUACUUGGAACAAAAAUGAAACUUUGAUCACACCAGAAACAUUUGCUGAGGUUUUAUGUGACGAUCUUGAUCUAUCACCAAUGCAGUUUGUGCCAGCCAUUGCUCAGGCAAUUAGGAAUCAAGUAAAACAAUACACAACUGAGUCAGAGAUCACUCUGGAUAAACAGACUGAUCAAAGGGUUAUCAUUAAGCUUAAUGUCCAUGUUGGUAACAUAUCUUUGGUUGAUCAAGUUGAAUGGGAUUUAUCAGAUUCACAAAAUAGUCCUGAACAAUUUGCAUUAAGUUUAUGUACAGACCUUGGCUUGGGUGGAGAGUUUGUUACAGCGAUAGCUUAUCACAUUCGUGGUCAACUUAGCUGGUAUAACAAGACAUAUGCAUUUAGUGAGACACCUCUACCAACUGUAGAAGCUGCCAUACGCACUCCUCAGGAUGUUGACAACUGGUGUCCAUACUUAGAGACUUUAACAGAUGCUGAGAUGGAAAAGAAAUUAAGGGACCAGGAUCGAAACACAAGGAGAAUGCGCCGACUGGCAAACACUGCUCCUUUAGCUUACUGAUAGACUUUUAUUUUAUAUCAGAUGACUCCAACAUCAAUAGUAAACAGUGAAAUGAAUAGGAAAACUUCAGAAUAAAUUUUAGUCAUGAAUAUGUCAUUAAUUUGUGCAACAUUGGUUGCCAUUUUUGAAAUCAGAAAUCUUUAACAUUUCACAUUAAGUAAUAUUUACCUUGAUUCAAAUUUAUAUCACAGUUCACAUGUACACAGUGUGUUGAAGUAUUAAUGUCACAUUGUUACAUAGUUGUUGUUUGGUUGGUAAUAUGGAUGUCAAGUUAUACACAAGAUUAAACUUGUACCUUAAUGGGUAA